AUGAGACCAGAUGUGACUAUCAACGGGACUUACACUGUUCAUGACGUGCAUCCCUGCUAUGAAUUAGACAAUACAACUUACGUUUUUACAAGCAAUCCGUCCAUAAUAUGUGUAUUAUUAUAUAUUUUCCUUGGCUCAUUGUCUGUUGGCACAAUAUGUGGAAACCUUCUUGUUAUAAUCUCCGUUAUUUACUUCAAACAGCUUCACAUCCCUACAAACUACCUCAUCCUCUCUCUGGCUGUGGCUGACCUGCUUGUAGGAGGUUUAGCUUGUCCUUUCAGCAUGGCAUUCACUGUAACCUCGUGUCGUUAUCAUGCAGCUUUAUUUUGUAAAGUACGAGGAAGCAUUGAUGUUACACUUAGCACAGCUUCAAUUUUGCACUUAUGCUGUAUUUCUAUUGACAGAUAUUAUGCAAUAUGCCAGCCUCUCUCUUACAAAACAAAGAUAAAUAAUCGUGUUAUUGGGAUUAUGAUCCUGGUGAGUUGGGGCAUUGCUGCUUUAGUUGGGAUUGGCAUCAUGGUUGCAAGUUUUUAUCGAGGGAAAUGUGGACAAAGUUGUUUAAUUGAUGCUGUAUUAUCAACCAUUCUGGCAUGUAUUUUCUCUUUUUAUAUCCCAGUCAUUGUAAUGCUUAGUCUCUAUCUGAGGAUUUUCCUUGUAGCACAAAGGCAGGCAAACAGCAUCCAGAACACAACCUGUCAGAGCACAAAGUCUGUAGCAACUGUCAGUAAGAUGGAGAGAAAGGCCACAAAAACUCUGGCUAUAGUUCUGGGAGUGUUUCUCUUAUGUUGGACUCCUUUCUUUUUUUGUAUGACAUUUCUUUCUUUUAGUAAUGGUUCAGUGCCAAUUCCUGUAUUUGAAACACUCAACUGGAUUACACUAUCAAACUCAAUGCUCAACCCUUUUAUUUAUGCUUUCUUUUACAGCUGGUUCAGGACAGCUUUUAAAAUGAUCAUUUCAGGAAAAGUACUUCAAGGUGAUUUUUCUAGCUCAAAACUCUAA